AUGCACGCCCAUGCUCGGAUCAACGCCCAACUGACAGCAUUCCUCUCAACAACAAUGGGCGAUUCGUAUCUUUUAGAUCCUCCUGCCGAAGAAAGCAAGCGUAAGAAGCAGGAAGACAUGCUGUCUCCUGCCAUGUCGCCUCGCUGGUCCCGCCACUCGGAGCACAAGCAUCAUCACGACAAAGAAGAGGCCAAACCCAAGGGCUUCAUGGCCAAGCUCCAGGACAAGUUUCGCAAGAAGACUUGA